AUGUUUAUUCGACGUUUGAAUAUUCGAGAUCAACCAGUAAAUAUUUUUGGUGAUGGUCUUCGUCAAGCUCAAGUAAAUGUACAAAGUUCAUUUAUAAUCGAUGCACGUUCAGCAUAUAAUCCAACUGAUGAAGUUAAAAUCAUUAUAUGUCCACCAGAACGUUCAACUUACGUUCAAGUUAUUAAUCAUCAUGAUGGCCUAUGGAUGGUUAAUUAUGUAUCACAUGAAAUUGGUGAACUACAAAUUCUUGUAUAUCUUGGUGAUAAACUUAUAAAUAAUAAUCCAUUUAAAAUCAAUGUAUUUGAUAUUAAUCAAAUACAUGUUUCAAAUUUAAGCGAUGGUUAUGUUAAUCAUUUCGUUAAAUUUAAUAUCGAUACAAUUAAAGCUGGUAUUGGUCAAUUGGAAGUUUUUGUACAAGAUGGACAAGUAUUGUGUAGUGCUCUAUCACGUAGUACAUCAGAAUUUGAUGUUACUUUUUUACCACGUCAUUGUGGACUACAUCGAAUUGAUAUUAGAUUCAAUGGAUUAACAAUACCCGGUAGUCCAUUUGCUUGUGAUAUCGAUGAAAUGGCACGUGUAACUGUAUCUAAUCAUUUAACAAAUGUACAUGUCGCACAUCCUGCUUCGUUUGAUAUCUGUAAUCAGUCUCAACAUAUAGAUAUUCAUAUAGCCUCACCAUUGAAUCAUUGCGUUUUUUAUCAGCGAACACAAGUGAAUGAAAAGAAAACUCAUAUUGAUUAUAUUCUAAAUGAAAUCGGUGAGUGA